GCUAUUAACCAAGAAGCCAUUGAUUGGGUCCACAAGAUGAAUCCUGAGGACUGGGCCCUUGCAUAUGACGGUGGAUAUCGCUGGGGGGUAUUGACCAGUAAUGAUGCAGAGUGCUUCAACAGCGUCUUGAAAGGUGCAAGGAACUUACCUAUUUCAGCUAUGGUGGAAUUCACAUUUCGACGACUCGUCAAAUAUUUUGACGAGAUGGGAGCCCAAGUUGAAACAGAUGUACGCAAUGACUUCCAAUACCCUAGAGAGAUGCAAAGAACUAUGGAGGAGGGUAUCGCAAGGGGAAAUACUUUCAAGUUGAUAUCGUAUGACAGGCCCCGCCGUGUAUUUGAGGUGCAAACAUCUUUUCGCUGUGGAUGAGGUCGCAAUAGACAGAUUGUGCGGAUGAAUCAACCCACGUGCAGUUGUGGGAAAUAUGAGAUAAGACACUAUCCAUGUUCUCAUAUGCUCGCUGUAAUGUCUGAAUGCGGUGACAAUCCAUUCCAGUACGUUGAUCCAGUGUACAGGCUUCCUGUAUACAUGAGGGUUUGGGAAACUAAAUUCAACCCAAUACCGCAUGAAGAUUAUUGGGAUGAUCCGCAGUGGACCUUAAUGCCUAAUGACCUUCGUCUGCGAGAAGUAAAACAG